GUGAUGAAGGAGUUCUUUUCUUACGUCUUCCGCUAUCACUGCUGAGCGUAUUUGUGUUCUUUUCCGGCUAAAAUUAUCCUUUUACUCACACUUGGGAGUUCCCCACAACCAGGAUGCAGUACAUAGACGAAGGUUGAUCAACUUCCCGUUCAUUUUUUGAAAGCAACCUGUCGAUAAUGGUGGUUGCCGGUGAUUUAUACGAAAACGAUGUUAUAUUCGUCGUGGAGGGUACCGCGAAUUUACUUCUGGACUUUGAAAACCUGAAGAAAUCUUACAUUGAACCCGCAAUACAUUAUUUCAAUGGAGAAGUUCCAGUGGACUCCGAAUACAGCUUUGGAGAUGAGUAUGGCCCAAACCAAUACGGUUUGGUGGUUUAUGGGACAAUAAGCCAUACUGCUGAGCCAGCAGUGCACUAUGUCAAGGAAACUCGCAGUGCCAAACAGAUGCUUCAAUACCUAGAUGAUGUGAGAUUUGAAGGGGGAGGUGGUGAAGAAUGCAGUUUGCUGGCUGAGGCUCUGAGUAUUGCUUUACAGAUCUUUGAUGAAAGAACACUCCAGAGAGGUCAACAUAAAGGGAUUGUACGAAAAAGCUGCAUUGUGGUGAGCAACUCACCACCCUUUGGAUUGCCAAGUCGUGAGUGUGCCGAUGAUUACUUGGACAAAAAUGUUGAACAACUUGCUGAAGAAAUGGGACAAAAGAAAGGAGUUCAUCUUUCCAUUAUUGCUCCCAGAAAGAUACUUGCACUUCAAAGAGUAUUUGAAAGAUCUCUGACGGUUGAUAGCAAAAGUGUGCUUUCAAAAGAUUACUCUAGGGACCCAAACCAUCUAGUAUGCAUUCAAGGCCUUGAUUUGCCAGUUACCUGUAAGAAUGAAUCACAAGCUGAAACAGUAAAGAGUAAUCCGUUUAUGGUUGAUCCAAAUAUGAAGCUUGUGCCAACACCACAGAUGAUUAACAAUGGGAAAGAAAGUCCAGAGAAGCCCAUUAAGAAACCAAAGAUUGGACCGCGGCAGCCUUCUGAGGUUAAAAUUCAGCAGCCAACUCCAGAUGUCAACUUAUCGAUACCAUCAGUCAAUAAUGCAACUUCUGGGGCUCAAAGCUCAUCAGCAGCACAUCAAGCCAAACAAAUCUUGGAGAUAGCCAAACAACAACAACAACGUCAACCCAACCCAACCCCUAACAGUGGACAGCCAGCUAAUAAAAUGCCUGAUGCAAUAAAAGUUACACCAGGAAAUUGGCCACCAAAUCCCACCCCAUCUUCCAGACCAGCUCCUACUCCUGUACCUACAACCCAAGAAAACCCAGUUGCUCAGAGAGCUCUAGUGUGGACUGGGAAUUUGGAAUGGCAGGAUACAAUUCGUGACCCUGCUGGCCCUCAGCAGAAAGUAACUCGCUCUCUGGCUUGUCAUGCAUCUGUCGUUCCAGGAGACACCAUUAAAGCUAACAACUGGCCACCAAAGCUGAUCAUGCAGCUUAUUCCUCAAAACCUACUGUCAACCUUAGGACCACUCCUUCAGAAUUCCAAGACAGUGGCUUUCCAUUUUGCACCAAAUGAUCAAGAAUCCUUGAAAGCUCUUUACAGGGUCAUGGCUUCCCAUGGCAUCAAGUUUGCUGGCUGUGUGCACUUUCCGCCUGUUCCACAAUGUGAUGUUAAAGUCCUUCUGCUAAUUUUUAGUCCAAAGAAGCGUGCCUUUGUUGGUUUAAUUCCUGUUGAGCAGGCAAACUUUGUUGAUGGAAUACGAAAUGUGGUUCAAAAGUACAAAGCAGAUCAACUUUCAAGGAUCGCGAUGCAACGGCAGCGGAUGCUGCUUCAGAUUAAGCAGCACCAGCAACAACAACAACAACAACAACAGCAGCAACAACAACAACAGCAACCUCAACCACAACAGCAGACUCCGCAGCAGGCAAGUUUUGCUGCUGCUGGGAUACCUCAGGGGCAGUUUCCGCCACAACAGUCUCAAGUCUCCCAGCAACCUUUGCUAAAUUCUGUUGGACACGCUUUGAUAACAAGUGCAACUCCAGGCCUGGGUCAAAACCCAGAAGGAUUGGCGACUAGUACUCAGACUUCUGUGGCAGCCAAUAUGGGGCUGUCAUUUAGUGGUGUGGGCACAGGGACCCAUACAAUGCCUGUGUUACAGCAGAUUGAGCAACAAGACAAUCCUGCUUUAUUGCACACUCUCAAGCUGUUUCAACAACAACAGCAGCAACAACAACAACAACAACAACAACAGCAACAGCAGCAGCAGCUACAACAGUCCCAGCAACUUACGCCCCAACAACAGAUGUUAGUACGAAGGCAACAGCACCAACUGCAACAGUUGCAACAGCAGCAGCAGCAGCAGCAGCAGCAGCAGCAGCAGCAACAACAACAGCAACAACAACAGCAACAACAACAGCAACAACAGCAACAACAGCAACAACAGCAGCAGACCUUCCCAGCACAGGAUAACCAGGUUCAACAGAUGCAAGCAAGUCAAGGAAUACAAUCACAGCUUCGGCACCUUCUACAGUCACAGGCAAACCAAGCUUCAGCUCAACAACAAGGGCUGGCGACUUCACAGCCUGGAAUGACACAACAGCAAUGGCAGCUACUACAGCUUCAGCAACAACGAUCACAGGCAGCUGUGCAAAUGCCACUUGGUCAGGUGCAGAUGACUCAGGCAUCCAUGUCUCAAGGUCAGCCAUCACAGGCUCAGUUGCAAGUUCACCAACAGCAGCAGCAGUUAGCGCAGUCGCAGUCUAGUUAUCUUCCCGAUAACAUGAGCUUUAUCGACAUGAUGCGGCAAUGAGACUAGAGUUAGGAGGAGUUCAUCUGUUGAAAUGUUGAUGAGUCUAACUUUUGGUUUCUCGCAAAUAAUUUCGUUAUCCAUAAUUGAAUAGGUAACUUUGUGUAGUUUAUUUAUCCUGGCACCAUUUUCUGUGCCAUUAUUUGUUAAGGAGUACAAUAACGUGUAAAACGGAAAAACUCUGGUGGAAGGUUAUGAAGAUGUCACUGAGAUGCCACAAGUCACAUGUCAUUUGCUAACCACAAGUCCUUUGCAUCAGUGACAUGACUGAUGUUCUAAAGUUGUGCUGUCAUAUACUGGAUGAACAAAUUGAGUAUUGACAAAUUGUGAACUAGGGUAGCAGUGGGUCGGGUAACCAAAUUGUUAAUGUUAAUGGAGUGUAUAUGAUGUAAUGUUCUCAAACUCAUUAAUAAUUCAUUAAGUUACAAACCAAUCACGAUA